ACUUACGAAAGAUGUUAUGCCCUCCUAAAUCCAAGUAGCGGGCCGUGACUGUAGUUGUUCUCCUCCGGGUGUCGGUAGAUCGGUUUGUUUGCCCGCAGCGCAGUUGUGGUCCACCCACGUCGGGCAUGAAUUCUGCACAGUAGACUGUCCAAUGGUUUGAAGAGCGAAAGCAGUGCAGUGAAGUAGGCAUGGCCGCUUCUGCAAACGGAGAUCUUCUGCGUGACCUGGGCCUAACCAACGAGUCCGUUGUCGACCUCGGCAACGUUGCAGUCGAUCCCAACCAAGAACUCGGACGAGGCUCGGAUGCUGCUGUGUAUCGUGUCCAAUGGCAUGGCGUAGAUAUCGCACUCAAAGUCCUCCACGGUCUGCUCAUUCAGCCGGGUAAUGUUGGUCGUCGAGAACACAUUCAUCGCUUUGGUCAGGAAAUACUACGAUUGUCCAAGCUCCACCAUCCGAAUUUGUGCCAACUUGUGGGCAUUGCUCGGGUCGGUCACUCGCCGGCUCUGGCGGUGGAAUUGUUGGAACGAACACUGGAGCAAUGUAGUAUCGGAGAUGGCAGAGAGCCAGAGCCUCAGCUGUUGUCUUAUCUUGCUGAUACAGCAGCUGCACUGCGCUACCUGCACUCCUUGCGAAUUAUACAUCGUGACUUGGCUCCCAAGAACAUCUUGGUGCGCAAUGGAGUUGCGAAAGUAUGUGAUUUCGGCGUGGCACGCUGCUUACACCCCGAAGGACCUCGGCAGGAGCUGCAAGAAGCAGCAAGGAUCAUGACAGCGUGCCCAGGUACGAUGUUGUUCAUGCCACCCGAAGCACUGCUUGAACGACCGGAGUAUGAUGAAGCUUUAGAUAUCUUCUCCUACGGUGUAUGUCUGCUAAGCGUAUGGACAGGCAAACUGCCCUCAGCGGAGCUUGUCUUCGCUGACCGAAACAGAACUGCUGUAGUGGCGGGCGGUAGGAGUCGACGAGAGCCUAUUCCUGAGUUUCAGCGCAGAAGGUUGGACCUGGAGCGCAUGGCGGAUGGUCACCCUCUGAAGCCGAUUGUUCUUCGUUGUCUGCGGAACCGUGCAUGCGACCGUCCUAAAGCUGAGGAGAUUCACGAUUUUGUCAAGUCAGCUGCUCGUCUCGCUUGCGAUAUGACUUCACGCGAUCCCGUUUCCAUGGCUACAGUCAUGUCUCAAAUGAGUACACUACUGCAGCAUGUUCAACAACAGCAGACAGCGAUAGCUGAACUAGCAGCUAGGCAAGAAGAACAGGCUCAAAGUCAACAAGAGGUCAGGGAGAGUGUGGCAUCUUGCAAUGACCAUGUAGCUUCCAUCAGCCAACAGAUACAGUCUCUGAACCAGAGAUUUGCUGAUACCGACGAGCGAGUUCGCACAAUCGAUGAGCGGGGCAGCCGAAUGGAGCAGAGAAUCUCGGCUAUCGACAGUCGCAGUUUGGACAUGGAGCAGAGAGUUGCAGCGGUGGGCGAUCGUAGUGCCAAUAUCGAGCAGAGAGUUGUGACUAUCGACAAUCACAGUUCAGGCAUGGAUCAGAGAAUUACGGCUAUCGACAAUCGCAGUUCAAACAUGGAGCGAAGAGUUGUAGCGGUGGACGUUCAAAGUGCAAAUAUAGAGCAGAGAGUUACGGCUAUUGACAAUCGCAGUUCAGGAAUGGAUCAGAGAGCUGCAGAGCUGGGCGACAGCAGCACACGAAUAGAACCGCAAGUUGCAACGGUGGACAAAUGCAGCGCAAGAGUGGAGCAGGGUGUUGCGCCUAUCUAUGAUCGCGCUAACAGCAUUGAGCAACAGUUGGGUGAGGUGAUCGAUGGUGUGGCUGCACCGAAUCAAAAGCCCGUAGUUCCACUGACACAAUCUGAGGCGACAAAUGGCUCAGACCCAUUCUCUACUGGACAGGAACAGCCCCCAGCAUCACCUACUAAAUCUGAGGCCCCAAGCCACGGUGACCCUGAACCCUUCUCUUCAAGACAGAUACAGCUUGCAGCAAUAUCUACACAAGUUGAUGCUGCAAGUGACUCGGACACCCCCUUCAUCAGACAGUUCAGAACAGCAGCUGGGCAGGCGGCGGGGACAAGGCACUCUGGUCGUUCAUCUGGCAGAAAAUUGAAGAAGCUGCGGAAGGCCCCACCUCCGCCUUCACCAGCUGUCACAUAUCUGUCUGGGUCUAGCGGUGCUGGAGAAGCUGGAGUGACAAGACAAAGUGAUCAUUUGCUGAGUGGUCUGACUGCGCAGAAGAUUGAACGAAUCAACCAACAAUCCAAGUGGACUAAAGUGAUCUGUGGUACUGGAAGAGAAGUCGGGAGUACUAACAUCGUCUUUGACGACUCUCUAGUUGUCAUGUGUAGUGACGGGAAUGGUGCGAUCACCUGCAUCCGCCAGUACAGCAACCUGGAAGCGUUUCAAGACUUCCCCAUGCCGGAGAACACCGCAUUUCACCCGGCGCUCGCUCUGCAUGGCAACACACUGUACAUGUUCUGUCACGAGGUAGCGAGGUCUCCAGUUAUCCUGAAAAUCACCGCAGAGCAAGGGAAAGCAGCUGGAGAGACGGGCCGUUGGGUGAAGGUCACCGAUGUACCUUAUGAGAUGCAUCGUUACUGCGCUAUGCAUGCUACCGGUAGCUCUAUUACCCUUCUCGGUGGUGAGGAUCAGUUAACCCUUUAAGAGCCGGAGGAAAUUUUCAAAAUUGUGCAUUUUUUCGUGUUCUUUGGAUCAUAGCUUCAGUUCUACUCACUCAAUCCUCACAAUCUAGGGCUUCCUGGAAAGGUCUCCGCGAGAGGAAGAGAAUGAGGUCGAUGAUGAUAGCCAGCACACCGUCUAUCCAGCGCUAGAUCGCAGCGACAGUACGAAAAAUGCCCCAAAUGCGUCCAAUUGCGUCCCGCUCCAGAUAUUUCAUUUUACUCGAUCGUGGAGUUCCAAUUUUUUCGCUGUGUACUCUUGACAAUAUCAACAGUGAAACCCGUGCAAAUUCGAGUAAGCCAACUUGACGAAAAGUCUCAAAAUUCUCAAUACUAAAGUCGCACUGCGCGCUUUUGAAAUUGCCGCGAUCGCGGCUCAACUUACGAGUGAUUUAUCUCAGGAACCGUUGCUCGCAGCGCUUCGCGGAUUGUUUCUCCCGACAGGUGAGAGAUUUCUCUUCGCCCUGGAUAUUUCGAUCACUGGAUUUGAGCGAGAUUGGACUGAGUUACGAUCUUUUGAAGUUUUGCAUUUGAAUGCGUCGUUUACGACGCAUUCAAGUAUGGGGCGGCUCUUAAAGGGUUAACUUUAAUGAAAUCUACUUACCACAUAAGCAGUUUCUCUUUCGCUGAUAACCAGUGGAAAUCAUCCACUAAUAGGUUUGUAAGUUCACUUUCUCCCCUGCCAGGUCGGAGUGCCCAUGCAUCAAUUGUGCAGUGUAAUGGUUCCCUGUACAUGGUCGGCGGAGGCGAUGGUGUAUUCUUUCAACAAGAUGCCGGUGGUAAGUGGAGGGUAGCAAGCCGACUCAACGAUGCAGACCUGCAAUGUUCUGCGGCAUGCACAUUAUCUGAGGACUGUAUUGCCAUUGUUGGCCCUUUCACAGCUAUAGUCCACAACGUUGUAACCCAAGAGGUGCAUCAAUUGCUCCAUUGUGGCAUUAGCGCCUAUCUCCCAUCCCUUGCUCUGUUCAAUGACUGCCUGGUAUAUAGUCGUGAUGGAGGACGGAUGUGGAAGCUAGACAUGAAUGUGUGAGUAACGAGCACUUUGCUGCGUGUGAAUACGCACGCGCGCCCGUGUGUGUGUGUACUGCAGUACUGUAUAUCAUUUUUAGCACAAUGUACUUGCCAAUAUGUACUAUGCAGAUCUAGUGAGCAGCUACAGCAGCACACAAUCCAGGUAUCCACUAACCUCUACGGUGUAUCUCUAUCUCUUGUACUUUGCUGGCAUCUUUUAAAGAGCAUUCACAUUAUCUUCCGCCGUACUCGUAAUGAACGAAAGAAAUGGCGUAAAUUUA